GCGCUGCUCAAUCUCUGAGAUGUUACUCCAGACACCGUACCGCCGUGUCUGUAUCUCUCGUUGGUCGUUCUCCCAAACAUCUCCCGCAGCUCAAAGCGAUCUCCCCUAAUCUCCACGGCACCCACCGCCCGCGCACACUACUCGCCGACGACUCGAGAGUCGCGCGCACGCACAACCCAGCCGUCGAGCAAGCGGGCAUGACCAGAGGCGCCCGCGGAGGGACAACCGGGAUCGCCCUCGCCCGAGCCAGAGCCAGCCCCUGGCCCCUGGCCGCGCGCGCGGCCUUCUUUCUGGCCCGCAUCCACCGCAGCGGCGGCCGCCGCUGCGAAAACUGCGGCCGCGCGACGCCUCCACGAGCAUACGAUCGAGCGCCCGGAGGGGCUCGGGCUGAGUGCCGUCGCGAGACCUCGGCACGCCUGCGCACGCCUGCGCACGCGGCAGAGCGACAGCGGCACCACCCUCGUCGGGCGCCGACGAAGCGUGCUCGCGGGUCGCCGCUCCGUCGACCGACGGCCGAGACACUUGCUCCGACGCCGCCCCGCCCCCGCCCCGCCGGUCCGGCACCGAUAUCUCGGAGGACGACCGUCCUGCAGCGUCGCCGGCCAAAGAGCUCGGCUCCUCGAGAGAACCGACGGACGACGGACGACGAUCGGCUCCUCAGCAGUGGGACGCCGAGCUGGAGGCUCGGCCGGGAGCUCGCGCGGGCACGUGGAGCUUUCCGCUCGGGCCAGCAGGAAACGGGCGCCCCGCACAGCGACGCCUGCCGUAGAGUGCCGAGAGCUCGGCUCGACGCGAGCGCCGAGGAGAAGCGAUCGGCUCCGCAGCAGUGGGACACCGAGCUGGAGGCUCGGGCGGGAGCUCGCGCGAGCACAUAGCGAGGUGCGUGCGCGGCGGCGUGACACAGGUGAGCGGGCAGCUGGCGCACAUUUCGGCUGUGG